AUUUACCUUUCAUUUCAUUUCAUUUCAAUCUUCUCUCCAGUAUUCAUUCCUUGAUCCAUCAAUUUACACCGGCUAAACGCCGCCGUUUUCGACCAAUCUUUGCCCAACGACUUUCUGAAGUUAGGUUCAAUGGCUGGUGGUAGGGGAAUUUACCACUUGCUGAGGGGCAGGCUUCACUCUCAUUCCGCUGCCUCUCCAGCUUUGUCAUCUCUUAUUUCAAAGCAAGAUCAGGAGGGAGCUGGUGUAAAAUCACUGAGAGCAAUUGCUCUCCUUGGAGCAGGUGUCUCAGGGCUUCUCAGUUUUACAACAAUUGUAGCUGCUGAUGAAGCGGAGCAUGGUUUGGAAUCUCCAAGCUAUCCUUGGCCUCACCAAGGCAUUCUCAGCUCAUAUGAUCAUGCUUCGAUUCGACGUGGUCACCAGGUGUACACACAAGUAUGUGCAUCCUGCCAUUCGAUGGGUUUAGUUUCAUACCGUGACCUGGUGGGUGUGGCAUAUACAGAAGAAGAAACAAAGGCAAUGGCUGCUGAAAUCGAGGUGGUUGAUGGCCCCAACGAUGAGGGUGAGAUGUUCACACGUCCUGGCAAGCUUAGUGAUCGUUUUCCUCAACCCUAUGCAAAUGAACAAGCUGCUAGGUUUGCUAAUGGAGGAGCCUACCCUCCAGAUUUGAGUCUUAUCACUAAAGCUCGUCAUAAUGGACAGAACUACGUGUUUGCGCUUCUGACCGGCUAUCGUGAUCCUCCUGCUGGUGUUUCAAUUAGGGAAGGUCUGCACUAUAAUCCUUACUUUCCCGGGGGAGCUAUUGCAAUGCCUAAAAUGCUUAAUGAUGGUGCUGUGGAAUAUGAAGAUGGUACUCCAGCAACAGAGGCUCAGAUGGGAAAAGAUGUUGUCUCCUUUUUGAGCUGGGCUGCGGAGCCAGAAAUGGAAGAAAGGAAACUGAUGGGAUUUAAGUGGAUAUUUGUACUGUCAUUGGCAUUGCUUCAAGCUGGUUACUACAGGCGAUUGAGGUGGUCAGUUCUGAAGUCACGUAAGCUCGUUCUGGAUGUUGUCAACUAGACCUGCUCUCGGUUCUUCAACAAAUGUUUUCUAAGUAUUUGAAUUGACAAAUAAUUAUUUCUGUAAAAGAUUUGGAUGCAAAUUGCUAGUACUAAAAUUGGUACACAAGCUGUCUUUUGGUUCUUUCAGCACUGGUUUUCCAUUAUGGAAUUUUGAAGCAAAAAUAAUAAGGGAAUUGUGUUGUGCUUUUA